AUGACUGCAUCAUUUGAACAAUUUUUGAUAAACGAUCCACUUAACACUUACGAAGAUUUAGAUAGGUAUGAAAAAGAAUGGAAACCAAAAGUUGAAAAUUACAGAAAACUUUUGGAGAAAGGAAUUGUUCCCGAGUAUAAAAUCAAGUUGCCAGGAACUAUCGAGUCAUUGGCAUCACAAGGUUUUAAUCCAUUGAAGUAUUUACAUGAAGCUAAACUUUUGAGUGAUAAGGAGUUUGAAAUCACUGAUUCCACGGCAUCUGCAUUAGUCGGUAAAAUUGCCCUGGGACAACUUACUUCAGUAGAGGUAUUCAAUGCAUUUGCUAAGAGAGCAGUAAUUGCCCAUCAAUUCACCAACUGUGCCUUGGAGUUGUUCACUGAAGAAGGGUUGGAAAGAGCUAAAUACUUGGAUGACUACUUCAAGAAGAAUGGCAAAACUAUUGGCCCAUUACACGGAUUGCCUGUGUCUUUGAAAGAGCAAAUGAGCUAUAAAGGUAGAGUUACCCAUGGAAGUUAUGUUUCUAAAAUCGAUAACGUCACCGAAGAACACAGUGUUACCACUCAAGUUUUAGAAAACUUAGGAGCUGUUUUCUAUGUGAGAACAAACCAACCGCAAACAUUGAUGCAUUUGGACUCCAAUAAUAAUUUUAUUGGACUUUCAAGGAACCCAUACAACUUAGGAUUAUCUUCGGGUGGAUCCUCCUCAGGUGAAGGUUCGAUUGUAGGAUUUGGUGGAUCCCCGUUAGGUGUGGGCACAGAUAUCGGUGGAUCAAUUAGAGCUCCUGCUGCAUAUUCUGGAUGUCAUGGUUUAAGACCUACUACUCGUAGGCUUUCUACUCGUGGUGGUGUUUCGUGUAACAUAGGUCAAGAGAGUGUUCCUUCCGUUUCUGGACCUAUGGCGAGAUCAAUUGAUGAUAUUGAGUUGUACAUGAAAACUUACAUUAAUCAAGGAAAGCCUUGGGAACUUGAUGCCUGGUGCAUCCCAUUACCAUGGAAAGAGGUACUGAAGCCAGAUCUUAAAGAUAUUACAAUUGGUGUUAUGUAUGAUGAUGGAUUAGUUAAAGCAACUCCUCCUAUUCAACGGGCCAUGAAGCAAGUCGUACAGAAGCUUACAAAAGCGGGUGGAAAGGUUGUAGAAUUCAAGCCAAUUAGAACCGCUGAAGCUUACGAAACAAUUAAUAAAUUAUAUUCUUGUGAUGGAAACUACUUUCAAAGAGAAUUGUUAAAAGGUUCAGGUGAGCCAUUAACUAAAUUGACAAAGUGGUGUUUGAAUUAUGGUGACGGUGAUAAGGUGUAUUCGGUACCAGAAAAUCGUAAGUUAAAUGAUAUCAGAGACUCUUUGAGACAAGAAUACACUACUUAUCUUGUGGAAAAUAAAAUUGACUUCAUUUUAUGUCCUACUUAUAAUAAUGUGGCACCGCAACCCGAAUGUGUAUAUAAUUGGUCCUACACUGCCUUGUUUAAUUUAUUGGAUUUCCCAACUUUAGCGUUCCAAACUGGUAUAUUCCAAGAUCCAAAGCUUGAUGUCUGGGACCCCGAUCACCAAAAAUACAAGUAUAGAAGCGACUUGGAAAAACUAGAAUGCAACAAUUAUGAUCCAGAAAUUUUCAAAGGAGCUCCAAUUGGUUUGCAACUUGCAGGUAGAAGAUAUACUGAUGAAUCCGUUGUUGCUGCUGGGAAGGCGAUUGUUGAAAUUUUGAAUGUUAAUUUAUAUAAUGUAGAAUAA